GGGAUAGAAUAGCACAGUACUAGCCUGUCUCUGUAUGAGGGCCUCUUAAGCCUAACUAAAAGACACUAUUUUACCUUCUUUCUCCGUCUACCUUCUACGUUCAAUAUGAACAGAAACGCUCUGUCGCCAGGACAGUCGGGAGGCCCUGCUCAGGUUCCCAUGAUGUCCCCGAAUGGUUCAGUGCCUCCAAUAUAUGUGCCUCCUGGAUACGUUUCACAGGUAUGCUCCCCCUCUUCCUGUUUCACAGGUAUGCUCCCCCUCUUCCUGUUUCACAGGUAUGCUCCCCCUCUUCCUGUUUCACAGGUAUGCUCCUCCUCUUCCUGUUUUAUAAUGAGAGAAUGGGUACGACCGUUUCUGUUCUUACUCAGCAGCCAGAAGUGUCCACGCUGGGAUCACUCCCCCUGCACCACCCCCCUCCUCCACCCCACGCCUCAGCCUGCCGCCCAUGCUCCUCACUGCCCGCCAGUGUCUCUGCGUCUGGUCUCAGCAGAUUCUCACUCACCACACGGACGCCCGCCACCGUUCGUCCACCGCGACGAAAGGGCCAGCAAGACCUACGAGCGUCUGCAGAAGAAGCUCAAGGAGCGGCAAGGGGGAGAGAGAGGAGGAGGAGGAGGAGGUGGUCAGAUGAAGGACAGCCCCCCUCCCUCGCCACAGAAGAGUCGAGGCAGCCCCCCCUCCAUGGACAGUAUCUACAAUGGGGUGGUUGGAGGAGGGAAAGGGCUGGAGGCUGAACUGGGACAGGGACAGACCAGCACCACCGCCAAGCAGACGGGCAUGGAGAAAGAACCUGGAGAACGGAUGAGUGAUUACCUACAGAACAGAGCUAUGGAGGAGGCAUUGUGCAAACAGAGGAGGCAUUGGCUGCAGGACAGAGGAGGCAUUGGCUGCAGGACAGAGAGCAUUGGCGCAGGGCAGGAGGCAUUGGCUGCAGGGCAGAGGAGGCAUUGGCUGCAGGGCAGAGGAGGCAUUGGCUGCAGGCAGAGGAGCAUUGGCUACAGGGCAGAGAGCAUUGGCUACAGGGCAGAGGAGGCAUUGGCUGCAGGGCAGAGGAGGCAUUGGCUGCAGGGCAGAGGAGGCAUUGGCUACAGGGCAGAGGAGGCAUUGGCUACAGGGCAGAGGAGGCAUUGGCUACAGGGCAGAGAGGCAUUGGCUACAGGGCAGAGGAGGCAUUGGCUACAGGGCAGAGGAGGCAUUGGCUACAGGGCAGAGGAGGCAUUGGCUACAGGGCAGAGAGGCAUUGCUACAGGGCAGAGGAGGCAUUGGCUACAGGGCAGAGGAGGCAUUGGCUACAGGGCAGAGGAGGCAUUGGCUACAGGGCAGAGGAGCAGGAGGGCAUUGGCUACAGGGCAGAGGAGGCAUUGGCUACAGGGCAGAGGAGGCAUUGGCUACAGGCAGAGGAGGCAUUGGCUACAGGGCAGAGGAGGCAUUGCCUACAGGGCAGAGGAGGUGACAGACAUCCAGGCCAGAGGGGCAGUGUUGAGCUGGGUGGCCCCCAGCAGGGCAGAGGGAGAGGGGGUCAGCCCCUCCCUGGAGCCUCUCAGUUACGAUGUGUCCAUCUCCUACAGCGGCAAGGACGGGAAGUACACCAGCAUGUACAGUGGUGAACAACUAAGUGUAACUUUAGAAGACCUGAGGCCAGCAACAGACUACCACGUCAGGGUCCGGCUGUGUGUACAGGGCAGUUUACGCGGCAGUCCGUCGGAGGCAGUAGCCUUCACCACUCGGAGCUGCGAACCAGACCCCCCCUGCCCCCCAGAAAGGCCAGUGGCCCAAGAGCAGCACCCUUGUCCUCCAGUGGAAGCCCCAUGUGACAACGGCUCCAAAAUCCAAAACUACACGCUCCAGUGGGACGAGGGGAAGGGGACCGGGGGGUAUGAGCAGUGUUACUAUGGACCCCAGAAGCAGUAUCGGGUCACCAAGCUCUCUCCAGCUUCAAGAUACUCCUUCCGCCUCGCAGCCAAAAACGACAUGGGUGUAAGUGAGUUCUCUGAGACAGUGGAACCUGUAUACCUCGUGCAGCGUACCCUCCCCCCCCUCCCUCCAGAGCUGGUGAAGGCAGGGGUGACCUGGUUGUGUCUGACCUGGCAGAGACCCUCCACUUCCCCCAAGGAGGAUGACAUCUUCUACAGCCUGGAGAUGGAUGAGGACGAGGGUUAUGGCUUCCAACCCAGCUAUGAUGGUGAUGAGCUAUCCUGCACUGUCAAGAACCUGCACAGGAAGUACAAGUACAAGUUCAGGUGGGCAGCCUACAACACUGAGGGGAAGAGUAACCGUCAGGUGGCAGAGUUCACUACCUGUCCAGACAGACCAGGAGGACCAUGUAGACCUGUCAUCAGAGGCAGGUUACUGCCCAACUCCUUCAGACUGGCAUGGGAACCCUAAGAUGAUGGAGGGGCGGAAGUGACCAAAUACGUGGUGGAGAUAUCUUGAGGGACUAAGCGCCUUAACCCCAGCGAGAGCUUUCCAGUUACCAGCGAGAAGCUUUUCCCGUUUUACCCAGAGAGCUUUCCCGUGUACCCAGCCUUAACCCAGCGCGUGUCGUGGGAGCUGGCGUACAGUGGUCCAGCCAUGGAACAUGUGUGUGAGGGGCUGAAGCCAGGCCACUCCUACCAGACCAGAGUUUACUGCAUGAGUGAGGGGGGGCAAAGCCCACUGUCAGAGACUCUGCAGGUCAGACUCCCGCGGUGCCCCCAGGGCAGUGCCAGCCGCCCGCGUGGUGGCAAGCCCAAGGCCAGAGAGGUGCAGCUGCGCUGGGGUGAGUCACUUUGCCAUCCCCCCUGCCAACCUACACUACCACCCUCUGUCACCAUGCCAACCUACACUACCACCUCUCUGUCACCAUGCCAACCUACACUACCACCCUUCUGUCACCAUGCCAACCUACACUACCACCUCUCUGUCACCAUGCCAAACUACACUACCACCCCUCUGACUGCCGUUGUGGGGCGGUGCAGCCCGGUGUCGGUCUAUAGUGUGGAGGUGUGUGGCGCUGGUCCUCAGGGGUCAACAGGUCAAGAGGAGGUCAGGGAGGUGUACCAAGGUUCGGAGGUCGACUGCACCGUGGGUAGUCUGCUGCCGGGACGGACGUACAGCUUCCGCCUGCGGGCCGCCAACAAGGCUGGGUACGGACCCCUGUCAGAGCAUUGUGAGGUGACCAUGGGCCCCGGGGCUCCAGAGCCCUGUAAGGCACCUCACAUCACCUGCAAGUCCCCUACUGUGGCUGUGGUCAGCUGGGAGGCUCCAGCCAGUAACGGGGCGGUCGUGUCAGAGUACCGUGUGGAGUGGGGGGCAGCGGAGGGCACCAUGCAGGUGUGUUACAGCGGUGCCAGCCUCACCCACGAGGUCAAGGGACUGCUGCCCGCCACCAACUACUUCUGCCGGGUUCAGGCUGUGAACGUGGCUGGCGUAGGUCUGUUCAGUGAGGCGGUCCUCUGUCAAACUCCUCCUUCUGUACCUGCGGCUGUCAGCAGUGUCCAUGCCCUCAAAGAGGCGGAGCUACGUGGAUACCACACCUCCGCAGACCAGGAGGAAGAGGAGGAGGAGGAGGAGGAGGAAGAUGGACCCCCCACGCCUCCUCUCUACUCCCCCUCCACUUGUCUAGCUGUUGGUUGGGAGCCGCCGUGCGACCACGGGGCUGAGAUCUCCUUCCCUACUAAGACCUGGGGGAGAGGACAGUCCAUCUCUGUAGGACCAGUCCCAAGUUAUAUCAUUCAGCACCUGCAACCGGACACCAGCUACAGGAUUCGUAUCCAGGCUCUGAACAGCCUAGGAUCAGGUCCGUUUUAGCCACACACUUUUAAGUUGAAGACCAAGCCUCUCCCUCCCCAGCCCCCCCGGCUAGAAGUGUACUGCUUUGCCAACCAGACCCUCAGGCUGAAGUGGGGUGAACGGCCCCGGGCCAAGGCCACGCCCUCAGACGCCCUCCAGUACCAGCUGCAGAUGGAGGACAAGAGAGGCAGGUUUGUCUCCCUGUACAGAGGGCCCUGCCACACUCACAAAGUCCAGCGGCUCAAUGAGUCUACCUCGUACAUGUUCCGCAUCCAGGCCUUGAACGAGGCGGGCCAAGGCCCCUUCUCCACCGUUUACACCUUCACCACCCCCCGCUCGCCACCCGCCCCUAUUAAAGCUCCACGAGUGGAGCGUGUGGAGGACAUGUCUUCAGUCUGUGAAGUGAGCUGGGAGCCCCUGCUGCCCAUGAAGGGAGACCCCAUCAUCUACACGGUGCAAAGCAUGAUGGGUAACUCUGAGUACAAACAGGUGUAUAAAGGUUCUGCCACGUCCUACCAGAUGCCCGGCCUGCAGACCAACAGUGAGUACCGCUUCAGGGUGUGUGCCAUCCGCCAGUGCCAGGAUGCUCCAGAGCUGAGUGGUCCCUACAGCCCCACGGUGACGCUCUCCCCCCAGCGCAGUGAGCUGUCAGCUGGCAGUGUGAGCAGUGUGGGCCCCCGGGCUGGAGCUGACCCCGCCAGGCCCCUAACAGAUGAGCAGUGGGCUGCUCUCAUCAUUAUGCUCUGCGCAGUCAUCUCCAUCCUCAUCGCUUUCAUCAUCCAGUACUUUGUUAUCAAGUGAGCUGUAUCUCCCGUGUUUCUCUCCUCCGUCUCCUCCUCCUUUGUUCCUCCCUUCCUUCUCCAAGCUGCAGGGUUACAGCUUUAAUUUCCUGUCGAUGUUGUAGUUUAUUUCUGUUGUCACCUCUGUGUGAUUAUGAUUAUAGCAGAGGGAGGGAGUCCAGGAGGAAAUUAUAUAAUGUAUUGCUAUGAUACCUUCCUGUCUUCCCCUCCCUCACCUCCCUUUACAGAAGCCUCUCAAUGUUUAUCAAGACUCCGCUGUGGUUGGUUACCCUGCACAGAAUAGAGUACCACAUUAUGAGUCAUAAUUACCCAUAAGACCUAGCGCUCAAACAGGGUAAUGGUUCCAAUAUUUUUUCCACCAUUCAUUUUUCCACAUAGGGAAUUUUAGAAACACUUACAAUAAGGGCUGUGUUUUGUGUCGGCUUAGCCUGGCGUGACGUUUUUGAUAACCGUGUAAACAAGACAAAAGGUGACUUUUGUCAAUGUAUUUGCCUGUAUUUACCAUGCAACACUUAAAUGCUAAUUAGCUGCUAAUGUGGCUAUCAUAAAGAACUACAAAU